CACCUCUCGUGAGAAUUUUCGUGUAACUCAUUGAGGAAGCAUUGUCUCGUCAACCAACCGCAAUCAUGUGUGGCAUUUUCGCUUGCCAUUGUCAUCCCGACGUCCAAAAGUUCAAGCCGACUGCGCUGAAACUGUCCAAGGCGAUUCGACACCGCGGACCCGAUUGGAGCGGCAGCGUCAUCUCUCACAACACAAUCCUCUGCCAUGAGCGUCUCAGUAUCGUUGGUGUUGAGUCUGGCGCCCAGCCCCUGACCAACGCCGAUGAGACCAUCAUCCUCGCCGCCAACGGCGAGAUCUACAACCACCGACAGGUCCGGAAGCACUUGAAGGAGCCGUAUCACUUCAAGACGACGUCCGACUGCGAGGUCAUCAUUCCCUUGUACCUGGAGCACGACCUCGACGCCCCCAACCACCUGGACGGCAUGUUCUCCUUUGUCCUGUACGACAAGAACCAGGACCGCACCAUUGCCGCGCGCGACCCGAUCGGCAUCACAACGCUCUACCAGGGAUGGUCAUGGAAGGAGCCCGGCGCGGUGUACUUUGCCUCGGAGCUCAAGUGCCUGCACCCCGUCUGCGACAAGAUCGUUGCCUUCCCCCCCGGCCACGUCUACGACUCAAAAACCGGCCAGACCACCCGUUACUUCAACCCUAGCUGGUGGGAUCCCACCAACGUCCCCUCUGCCCCGGUUGACCUGAUGGCCAUCCGAACUUCGCUCGAGGCGGCCGUAAGAAAGCGCUUGAUGGCUGAAGUACCCUACGGUGUGCUUCUCUCCGGUGGUCUCGACUCCAGUCUGGUUGCGUCUAUCGCGCAGCGGGAGAUGCUGAGGCUCAAGAAGAAGGCUGAGGAGUCCAACGGCACGGCCACCCCGGCGGAGGCCGACCCUGAUGCGGGCGAGGGUCUCGUCGGUGUCGACGACGACGACAACCUGUCCACCGUUACCUACCUCCCGCAGCUCAACUCCUUCUCCAUCGGUCUGCCUGGAUCCCCUGACAACAAGGCCGCUCUCAAGGUUGCCAAGUUCCUCGGCACGAAGCACCACGUCAUGACCUUCACCAUUGAGGAGGGUCUCAACGCCCUGUCUGAUGUCAUCUACCACUUGGAGACGUACGACGUCACGACCAUCCGAGCUUCAACACCCAUGUUCUUGCUGUCACGCAAGAUCAAGGCAAUGGGCAUCAAGAUGGUCCUCAGUGGCGAAGGCAGUGACGAGAUCUUUGGUGGCUACCUCUACUUCCACGCCGCCCCUAGCAAGGAGGCUUUCCACGCGGAGACGGUCCGCCGUAUCAAGAACCUGCACCUUGCGGACUGUCUGCGAGCCAACAAGUCCACCUCGGCUUGGGGUCUCGAGGCGCGAGUGCCUUUCCUGGACAAGAAGUUCAUCGAGACUGCCAUGAGCAUCGAUCCCCAGGAGAAGAUGAUUACCAAGGACAGGAUGGAGAAGUACAUCCUCCGAAAGGCUUUCGACACGAGCGACGAGCCCGACACUCCGGCCUACCUGCCCGACUCCAUCCUGUGGAGACAGAAGGAGCAGUUCUCCGACGGUGUCGGAUACGGAUGGAUCGAUGCCCUCAAGGACAACGCCGAGCUACACGUCACCGACGAGAUGCUCAAGAACCCCAAGGCCGAGUGGGGAACCGACAUUCCGGACACCAAGGAGGCGUACUGGUACCGCCUCAUGUUUGACGAGCACUUCCCUCCUCGCUGUGCUUCCACCGUCGAGCGAUGGACGCCUACUUGGUCCAAGCAGACGGACCCCAGCGGCAGAGCCAUCGCUACCCACAACGCCAAGUACGAAACUGCCGAGUAG